UCUUGACGGCAGUCCUGUACGAUCUCACGACGCUACGACUCCGUUCUAUACGCAUUGUUACGACUACGCACCGUCUUUUGUAGCGAGAUACUCAUUUGGCGCUUUCGCCUGGUGUCGCAACACUUCAGACGUCAUUCGCCCUACUACACAUUCCUGGCCGUCCUUCCUUGCGCCUACGCUGUCACUCCACGUCAACCCCGGUGCUUUUCGGAUGUGACAGGCGUGCAUCACGUGUAGUCAUACAUCAUGCUGGGCUUCAGGCCGCAGCUCUCGGUAGCAAAGCGGAAACCGCAAGCCUACAACCAGGUGGAACGUGACCUCGAAGACGGCGAAUAUAACGAGAAGCGCUAUGACAGCGACGACAAUGACAGCUACACAUCCUCGGACGCAUCGAGUCCGUACUCGUCAAGGGCAUCCUCUGGCGCCUAUGAUGUAAAUCCGAACAACCCACACGAGGCCAGACCCCUCGCACCGAACCGCAAAUCAUCGCGCACGCAUCGAAGAACACCGUCGAAGCCAUCCGUAAGCGCAUACAGCUACCGAAACCCUCGCGCAUUCACACGAUACUUUGGGUUGGCGAUAGCAAGUACAUUGGUCCUGUUUAUAUGGUUUCUGUUGCACAGCAGCUGGGACUCGAUACGGAAUGCAGAGCUCAAGCUGUACAAGUCACCUCCUCCGCCGCCAGUAUGGGAGAGCUUUCCAUUCUUAAAGCGCUAUCAUGGUGGCAUACGGACUUUGGUCAGCCGCAAGGAGAACGUUCCCGAGUACCCUACGAAGGAAGACAUUGAUCCUGAGCUGCCGCCAGCGGAGAGCAAGCAGGAAACGGCCAAGGAUAGACGGGCAGAUGGCGCAAAGGUUCCUGACUCGGUACCCUUCAAUCCGUAUCCGGACUACAACAGCCUCAACUAUGUGGAUAAAUACGGCCCUGUCGAGACCUGCUACCUGGACGCGAAAGAUACGGUCGCAGUCCCUGGACUACGAGCAUAUAACGGGGUGACGAAGGGCAUGCCUGACAACGUUAUGGGCAGCUACGACCUGCUUGGUCUGAGGAACGACGUCUGCUUCGAGCGCUUCGGACGCUUGGGGCCGUACGGCAUGGGCUACAGCAAGAGAAGGGGAGGUACCGGUGCUGGCAUGGAAGGCGACCGCGAGGGCAUCGAGAAGGUCUGGGAGGCCACACCGGAAGUUGACUACCGGAACGUCAAAUGGGGUGAGGCUGUGACUCGUUGCUUGAAGAAGAACAAAGGGCGCUUCAAGACGCAGCCAAAGACUCGCGACGACGCAUUCCAAGCCAUGGCGGUGCAGAAGCGACAACUUGAUGUCACUCUGAAGGCCGACAAUCAGACCGAAGCCGAUCAGCCGCUUACCGAGACUGUCCGCCAACAGCAAAAGGCUACCUACAACAAACUCAUUCCACGAACCGCAGUACUCAUCCGCACAUGGUGGGACUAUGAGUACGAUGACGAAGACCUGAUGUAUCUGCGAUCCAUGAUCUCUGAACUCAGUCUUGCGUCUGGCGGUGAGUAUCAGGUGCAUUUCCUCAUACACGUCAAGGACGACAACAAGCAGAUCUGGGCAGACGAGAAGGUUUAUCAGGAGGUACUGAGCAAGUCUCUCCCAGCAGAGUUUGCCGGUAUGGGCACUCUAUGGUCCGAACGGCAGAUGGGUCUCAUCUACGGUGGUGUCGAGGAGUCUAUGUACCGCGACCUGCCUGUUCAUGGUGCAUACCGUUCGACUUUCAUGCCCGUCACCUACUUUGCGCACCAGCAUCCCGAAUUCGAGUACAUCUGGCACUGGGAAAUGGACGUUCGAUACACCGGUCACUACUACCACCUCUUCAGCCAGAUCUCUCGGUGGAGUGAAGCGCAACCUCGAAAGGGAUUGUGGGAGCGCAACGCUCGUUUCUACGUCCCAUCCGUCCAUGGCUCCUGGGAAGACUUCACCCACAUGGUGCGCGUACAGACCGAGCAUGGCACCAAUAGCAAAGCCAACACUUGGUCAUCGCACCUCCCGCCGAACCCACAUGUCACCCAGCCCGAGCUACAGAAGCCAGAGAAGCAUAUUUGGGGUCCGGAAAAGCCUCAGGGCUACCCUGACAUCGAGAUCGAUGAGGAUGUGAUACCACCACAUACUUUGAUGGAGGACAAGCAUGAGUGGGGUGUAGGCGAGCCAGCCGAUCUCAUUGUGUUCAAUCCACUCUUCGACCCAGAUCGAACCAAUUGGAUUUUGAACGAAGAUGUCACUGGCUACGAUCGCAAGAACGGCCUCCCGCCACGCCGAACGGCCAUCAACACUUCCGGUCGUCUGUCACGCCGCCUGCUCGAGACCAUGCACCGCGAACAGUCUCACUUCCGCCACACCAUGUUCAGCGAGAUGUGGCCCGGUUCCUGCGCGCUACAUCACGGCCUGAAAGCCGUCUACGCCCCACACCCUGUCUUCAUCGAUCGCAAGUGGCCGACACAGUAUCUCGCCGCCAUCUUCAACAACGGGCGAAACGGCGCAUCUGGUGGUGCCAGGCUAUCUGUCUUCUCAGACGAGCGACAGCACAACUUCCUAGGUACAACAUGGUACUAUCACGCCGGAUUCGCACCGAACCUGUGGAAGAGGUGGAUGGGCUACAAAGUCGACAACGACGGCGGCGAGGAGGAAGAGCUUGCUGGUGAGGGACGAAUGUGUCUCCCAGCUGUACUCCUGCAUCCGGUCAAGCAGGUUGAUCUUAUUCAGGAGCGAGUUGAAGAGGCGAAAGAUGCAGCGGAGCACGAGCACCCGUAAAUGCAAAAUUUGCUCAUCAUUGGGUAUGGCGUUUAUGAGCCUUUGGCGCUCUGACGAAGGAGCUUUCGAUUCAUAUACACGAUCAUGAUUUACAGCAUUCAUGUUGUACAUGGAAUAUGAGAGCAUUUCGUAGGCCCCUUCUUAGGUAGCCUUGCAUUGUAUGUAUAAUACCAGAUACACUUCGCCACAACUUUGUCCACUCAAGUGUCCUUCGAGCUAGGCUGGUAUCACACAUGCACCAAGAUGCCAAAACAUUCCAGGAUUCGCGCACACUCUCAUAUAGUCUUCCAUCACUAUUAGAGCAUUCAACUCUUGUGAACCAUGUUCUUCAUGCCACGUCUUUGUGGCACAAAAGCCUCAUGUAGUUAUGGCCGUACGAGCUUGAGGA